UCUCUCUCCCUCCUCUGCAUGCGUUGCUUAAGCUUUGUAAGCUUGAUGAUGAAGUACGAUGUCAGAGUUGAUCGAGGGAAGAGAGGGAGUUGCACCAAGAAAACUGACAACUACCAAACUGUGUACUAGUGUUAUAGCUUCUUACCAGCGUCUUAUUUAUAUAUAUAUAUUUACUUGUGAUUCUUUUGUUCCGUCCAAGCCAUCUUGAUCUUGUCUUCCCCUCUGCUUGUCUCCACCUUCGCCUCUUAAAAAAAUGCAGGAAAAGGAAGGCAAAAACUUGGCCGACAAUACUAGUCUGUCGGAAGCAAGCAUAUGAAUCUCCUGCGCUGGCAUCGCACGCACAAUGAGAAGUGAGAAGUGUGAGAGAGAAAUGGUGAGGGGGGAGACGAGGCAUCCUCCUCGUUUUUCCAUGGAAAUCGGCCGUCUCGCUGCCGCAUUGCCAUCUAGCCUCCUCCUCCUCCUCCUCCUCAUCAUCAUCACUGGCGGUGCGGUCGUGGUGGAGUCAGCCACCGACUCAUCGGAUGUUCAAGCACUUGGCGUGCUAUACACUUAUUUGAAUAGCCCCCCGCAGCUUGCCGGUUGGAAGCCGAGCGGCGGCGAUCCAUGCGGCGAUUCGUGGAAGGGGAUCACUUGUUCUGGUUCAGCAGUAACUGCUAUCCAGCUAUCAGGAUUAGGGCUCAAUGGUUCCCUGGGAUUUCUCCUUUCAGAUCUCUUGUCCUUAACAACACUUGACCUGAGUGACAACAAUAUACAAGAGACCAUUCCAUAUCAGUUACCACCGAAUGUUAUAUAUCUGAAUCUUGCUGGUAAUAAUCUUUCUGGAAAUCUUCCAUAUUCUAUAUCCAAUAUGGCUCAAUUGAAUUACCUUAAUCUCAGCCACAACCAACUUUCUCAAUCAAUUGGUGAUAUCUUUAGGAAUCUUCAGAGCCUCUCUGACUUGGAUUUGUCUUUCGAUAACUUUACGGGAGAUCUUCCAAGCUCUUUUGGCUAUUUGUCAAACCUUUCUAGUCUUUUUUUACAAAGCAACCAACUGACAGGACCAAUUGAUGUUCUUGCAAAUCUCAGCCUAAGUAAUCUAAACAUUGCAGCUAACCAUUUUACUGGAUGGAUACCUCCGGAGUUCAGCUCCAUUCAAAAUCUUGAACUUGGAGGUAAUUCAUUUUCCAAUAGUCUGGCUCCACCUCCACCACUAUACACGCCACCGCCUCCAAGUAGGCCACACAGGGUGCAUAAUAGUAGUCAAGCUUCUUGGCAUGCACCGCAGAGGUCAUUACCUCAAGAUCAUGCAAGUGAUCACAAGAGAUUGUCUACAGGCCUGUUAAUAGGGAUAGCUACAGGCUCCAUACUUGGUCUACUUUGCAUAAUACUCGCCCUUGUAUUAUGCCUUCGCAAAGUCCACAAGAGUGAAGAUAUCAGUGCAAAUAAUGCAAAUGAUCAUGGAAGGCCUGCUGCCGUUGCUACAAAUACAGUGAUUGCAAAGGAGAUGCAAGAGAAGAAGCUGAAAAGUUCUAUUACUACUCCAAAACCUAUUGCUGACACUGUGACAGUUGAGAAGAUGCACGGGAAGAGUGGAGCUAGCAAGCGUCCAAAAGUUCCUAUAACUGCAACACCAUAUACAGUUGCUUCUCUUCAAAUGGCAACAAAUAGCUUUAGUCAGGAUUUUCUUGUUGGUGAAGGCUCCUUUGGUCGGGUUUACAGAGCCGAGCUUCCUAAUGGAAAGGUUUUGGCGGUUAAAAAAAUAGACAGUGUGGCAAUAUCCUUACAGGAGGAAGACAACUUCCUCGAGGCUAUUUCAACUAUGUCAAGGCUUCGGCAUCCAAACAUUGUUAUACUUUCAGGCUAUUGUAUCGAAUAUGGGCAGCGGCUUUUGGUUUAUGAGUAUAUUGGAAAUGGAACCCUGCACGACAAGUUGCACUUUACCGAUUUCAGCAGCAAGAUAUUAUCCUGGAAUGCACGCAUAAGAGUGGCGCUUGGCACCGCCAAAGCACUCGAGUACCUGCAUGAAGUAUGCUUGCCUGCUGUUGUACACAGAAACUUCAAGUCUUCAAAUAUUCUACUCGAUGAAGAACUCAAUCCUCACUUAUCGGACUGUUGUCUAGCUGCACUAAGGCCAAACACAGAGAGACAGGUUUCAACCGAGGUAGCUGGCUCAUUUGGUUACAGUGCUCCAGAAUUUGCAAUGUUGGGAGUGUAUACCAUAAAGAGUGAUGUAUAUAGCUUCGGCGUCGUGAUGUUAGAGCUGCUGACUGGUCGGAAGCCACUGGAUAGUUCUAGAGCGAGGUCAGAACAAUCUCUAGUCAGAUGGGCAUCUCCUCAACUUCAUGAUAUCGAUGCAUUGUCCAAGAUGGUAGAUCCUGCAUUGAACGGAAUGUACCCAGCAAAAUCGCUCUCCCGUUUUGCCGACAUAAUCGCACUCUGUGUUCAGCCAGAGCCGGAAUUCCGCCCCCCGAUGUCGGAGGUUGUCCAGCAACUAGUCCGGCUAGUGCAAAGAGCAAGUGUGGUCCGGAGGCACUCAGACGAACUUGGGUUUUCUUACAGAGUGCCUGAUCAGAACACAAGCAUGUCUGAAAUAUCCAAGUUUUAAGAUGAAACACAAGUGAUGGAGACGGAAAAUGGCACAUGUAGAAGCAUUAGAUCCUUAAGAGAUGAGAGAAUAAAUACACAUUAUAACAGGCCGAAGGAAAGUUUUCCUUUCCGAGUAUUCUUCAGCAUUGAAUCAAUCCUCUUUGCGUUGUACAUGUAUGAUAUGGCUCCUCACUACAUCUAUAAUAGAUUCUAAUGCACAUUCUUAAGAAUUAAUUAUGAUAAUCUUAAUUUGAUAAUGC